AGCCUUUUCUCUUGACCACGGCUCGCGACUGCGCUUCUGGGACCUCGGUGCCAACUUAGUUAAACCCUCCCUAAACCACAGUUUUGAAUCGCGCAGCCAUGGCUGACCAAGGGCUUGACCCGGUGGCUCCUCCCGACCUCCAUCUCGUUUCCGCCUUUCUCGCCAUGGAACCAGCAGACUCUCUUAUCUCCCUUGCGAGAGCAUGUGGUGGUGGAUCGGUGACGGAGAACGUUCAGAGGUUUAUUUGGAAUUCUUUUAUUAGCGAAGCCAAUGGAAAAGGUUAUGUGCCUUAUGUCAAGAACUUUUUGAAGAAACUCAUUGUUGAAAUUGAGUCAAACCAUGGUGAUGUUCUGGAUGAACUAUAUGAACAAUAUGCUCACAUUAUGACUUCUUUGAAGGAUGAACAUUUGGCUGAAAAGAGUAAGAGGGUCUGUAAAUACAUUACUUUUCUUUUUCCAGAUGGUAUUUUUGAUCUACCAAGUUGUCCAAAGUCAAGGAAAUUGAUGGUGCCACUUCAGUGUUCCCUCAACAUGCUUGAAGGAGAUACAGGGUGUUCAAUUUGGCCCUCCAGCCUUUACUUGUCAGAGUUUAUACUUUCUUUUCCGGAAAUAUUCUCUAAUAAAUCUUGUUUUGAGGUUGGUUCAGGGGUUGGUUUGGUUGGAAUUUGCCUUGCCCAAGCAAAAGCAGCAAAGGUUAUCUUGACUGAUGGUGACCUAUCAACACUAGCCAACUUGAGGUCUAAUUUGGAGUUGAACCAGUUAAGCAAUGAAACUGAUUUGUCUGAAAGAACUGUUGAAGAUUUAGAUGUGGUCAAGUGCAUUCAUCUGCCCUGGGAAUCUGCUUCAGAAAGUGAGGUCCAUGACUUUAUGCCAGAGAUUGUUCUGGGUGCAGAUGUAAUUUAUGAUCCAUCAUGCCUCCCACAUCUUGUUCGAGUUUUAUCAUUUCUCUUGAAUAAAAAGAAAUCAGAUUCUCUAACACAGAAAGAGAGUUCCACAGGCUCAAUCCCUGAUAGCAAAUGUGGUCAUGAAAAGGUUAACAAUGCCAACCAGGGAAAAAUUCUGUGUGCAAAUGGCUUAGGUAGAUGCUAUUCUAGCCUAAAUGGGAUUGAUGCUUGUAAAGAAGCUGCCAUCUUUACAUCAAGUGAAGGUCCUGUGGCUUAUAUCGCUUCUGUCAUUCGGAAUAUUGACACUUUCAGUUGCUUUAUUGCACUGGCAAAGCAGUCUAAUCUUGCUAUUACAGAUAUUACUGAAUCAUUUAGGCCCUAUAAUUUGCUUCCUUACAUGCAAUCUUAUGAACGAUCUAGUAUUAGAUUAUUCAUUGUAUCAUGCAUUAAUUAACAGAAAAUGGAGGGGGAGAUUGAGGUUAUCCACUUAUGGUCUCCUCCGAGAUCACUCAGCACUGCCCUCAUGUACUCCUUUGCUCAGAGGGAUGACAUGGAAGUGCUUGACGAACCUCUCUAUGCUACUUUUCUUCGGGUGACUGGUGUUGAUCGGCCGUACAAAAAGGAACUUCUAUCCAAAAUGGAAUCUGAUGGAAAUAAGGUUGUAAAAGAGGUCAUUUAUGGUCCAGGAGGAAAGAAAUAUCGGUUUUGCAAGCAUAUAGCUAAACAACGGGUAACUGGUUUGCCGGAUGAUUUGUUGAGGAAAGGAAAGCACAUUAUAUUGAUACGAAAUCCUCUUGACGUAAUGCAAUCAUUUGGCAAGAUUGUUCAUCCAUCGCAUAAAGAGUUGGGUUUGACUGAUCUGGUCUCCAUAUACAGUGAGCUCUGUGAGCUGGGAAAAACUCCGGUCAUAAUUGAUGCAGCAGAUCUUCAACAAGAUCCCGAGGCCGCUUUACGCAGCCUUUGUGAAGACUUGGAUAUUCCUUUUCAAUCUGCAAUGCUAAGAUGGGAAGCUGGUCCCAAACAAAUAGAUGGCCUAUGGGCACCACAGUGGUACGAAAGUGUACACAAGUCUACAGGCUUUACACCACCAAGAAAAUAUCCGGAGCCAUUUAACUUCUCCCAUUACGAGUUACUGGAGCAAAGUCUACCUUUUUACAACAUGCUACGGCAUCAUCUACGAAAAUCUUCAUCCCUAUUGAAGACUCCUUUACCAGAACCAGAUCUUCCAAUUCCUGCAAAUAAAAAUCUUCUUGCAUGGGUUGGUGAUGAGAUUCUACCCCGUGAUGAUGCAAAGGUUUCUGUGUUUGACUCGAUUGUCCAAGGUGGUGACGGUGUGUGGGAGGGACUCCGAGUCUACAAUGGGAAGAUAUUUAAGCUUGAGGAGCAUUUAGACAGGAUGUUUGACUCAGCAAGGGCUCUAGCUUUCAACAAUGUUCCAACCCGUGAAGAGAUUAAGGAAGCAAUCUUCAAAACUCUCAUCAGGAAUGGGAUGUUCGAUAAUGCACACAUCCGGUUGACACUUACUCGUGGAAAGAAGGUUACAUCUGGCAUGAGCCCAGGAUUUAAUCUGUAUGGCUGCACCUUGAUUGUGCUUCCUGAAUGGAAACCCCCUGUCUAUGACAAUACACAUGGUAUAACUUUGGUGACAGCAACCACACGUCGUAAUUCACCAAACAACUUGGAUUCAAAGAUUCACCACAAUAACCUCCUUAAUAAUAUACUUGCCAAGGUUGAGGGUAAUAACGCAAAUGCUGCCGAUGCAAUCAUGCUUGACAAGGAUGGUUAUGUCUCUGAGACAAAUGCCACAAAUAUUUUUAUGGUGAAGAAAGGUUGUGUUCUAACACCGCAUGCUGAUUAUUGCCUUCCUGGCAUCACACGGGCAACCGUCAUGGACCUUGUGGUGAAGGAAAAGCUUGUUCUAGAGGAGCGACGAAUCAGCCUAUCAGAGUUCCAUACUGCAGACGAGGUUUGGACAACCGGAACAAUGGGAGAGCUCAGUCCAGUUGUGAAGAUUGACGGGCGUGCAAUCGGUGAUGGAAAAGUUGGACCUGUUACUCGAAGAUUGCAAAAUGCUUACAAACAAUUGACAGAAGAAUCAGGAGUACCUAUACCAUCCUACCAUAAGCCAUGAACGCAUACAGCUCCAGAAAGGUGUGCUGUCUUUUCACCUACUCCUUAGAUAUUGCAGGCACAGUGGAAUUGCGGUUGCUUUCCCAGUCGCAAAUGAAGUAUGCUGAGUGUAUGAAUAAAGUUUUGUCUGUUGCUGGGCAAAUGUUGCUUUAUUUCAUCACCUUUUGAUAACUUAACAUUUUCAGAAAUAAUAAACUCGAAUAAUAUAGAGAUACUGUAAUUGGGAUGUUCGCCUGUAUAAAGAUCUUCAAUGAUUUUUUAUUUCA